AUGUAUGGAUUGGAUGCAGAUGAAUCAGCUGGUAUUAACGUGUUAGAAGCAUUAAAAGCAAUAAAUCUAUCAUGUGAUCUUCAUAUAUUUGUAAAUUCAGCUGAUGAUACUGAAGAUAAUUAUAAAGCUUUAAUACAUGAUCUGACACAAUAUUGUUCAGGCUCUGAAUCAACAAAAGUUUAUCAAGUUCUAUGUCGUAUGAUAUUCAUAGAGCUUGAGAUUGGUUGUUCUUUAUUAAAUCAAUCACGUUCAUUACCAAUUAAAUAUAUAACUUCAGAAACGCCAACGAAACUAUGUUCAAUGAAUCAAAUAAUGCAUAUUAAUCUUUGGAUAUGGAAAAAACUAAAAUUAAAUAAAGAAGAACAAAUGGGUUCAGCCUUGGCUAAAUUAUGUACCAACAUAACGUCAUCAAACGAAACAAUUCGUUUGGCAAGAUUUUUUUAUGAAAUUGCGCCAAGUAUUAAACGAAUUGAUUCAUAUAGUAGAAAUUCUAUAUCGCAUAAAAUACUUGAGGGUUCAUCGAUUGAUAGAGUCAAUUUAAAGAAAAGAGAAUAUGCCGCAAACUCUGAUGGAAAAGAUCAAAACAAGAUUGAAUACGAAAAUCAAUUAUUAAACAAAAAUAUCAAGGCUGAAUUUCAAUCAGUGAAAAACAAUUCGGAUGAAAACCUUGAGGGAAAUAAAAUAGGAGCAGUAUUGGACUUGAAACAAAAACAAUCCGAUUCUAAUAUCAAUAAAACCAAUAGCUCCGAAAAUGAUUUGGAACAAGGCCAAGAAACUGAAUCAAAAUUUAAAAAUGAAAUAAAGAAAAAGAAAAGGAAUGUGAUAUAUCGGUUAGGGCUUGAUAAAGAAGCAUCAGGACGAGAAAAAAUUAAUGAACGACCAAAACCAAAAGCGCUUGAUAUUGAAACUGCUUUUAAAUCAAAUGAUGAUAAAGAAGGAAAUUGGCUGGAAGGAUCAAAUAUUGAAAACAAACAAGAAAAUGAAGCAGAUAUCAAUUCAAAUCGUUUUCAUCUAAUGAAAUACCGUGAAAAUCGAUUAAACGUUCCUGUAGGAACAAAGAAAAAGCUUAAACUCAGACCACGAACAAAUCUAAAUCGUGACAAUAAUUCGUCAAAACAAUUUAUGACUAGCUUUCUUCUUUUUACUUUAUGUAUCGUCAUUAUUUAUUUGAUCUUAACCAACAGAAAUAAAUUCUUGGGUUUACUAAUCGAACGAUAUAGACGUAGAUAUGCAAAACGUGGACGCCAUUUUGAUUCAAGUUUCGGCCCAAUGCGCCUGCCUCGUUUAUCACAAACUAGCUAA